AUGAGCCGCAAGACGUUCUUUUGGUUCGAGCUGGCGUUCCGUCUGUUCCCGAAUGCGAGCUACAUCGCGAAGGGAGACGACGACAUGUUCCUGCGCGUGCCGCAGUACCUCGCUGACCUGCGCUCGCUGCCUCGUCGAGGACUGUAUUGGGGAAUUGUGGCAAUGGAACCUUACCCAGUGGAAUUUUGGUAUGCUUUUGGUGCGUGCUAUACGCUGGCGAGGGAUGCGGUGGAGCAGCUUGUUUCGUUCUUACCUCUUGUUCGUCUGGUUAGUGUGCCGUACACCAGUGAGUGGGAUGCAGAGUAUCACUCCUUGAUGAUGCAGGCUGAGGACGCCAUGGUGGGGCUAGCGCUGGAAAAGAUGGGGUACCGUGGACGGCUUAUCUUUGUCAGCGAAGGCCGUUGCGCCUUCCAUGACGUACAUAAUGGGCCACGGCUGGAGCCUGUGCGGCCGAGCUCUGUGAUGAUACACCACGUGCGUGAGGGCGACUACAACCAGCUGAUGGAGAGGUUUGGAGGCGGGACCGUUGCGGUGGCGAGAAAAUUGAAACGUUCCAAGAAGCGCCGACUGGAUUUUUCUUGUUGA